GAACCACCAGCAAUUCUUACUACCUACCAAAAAAAAAUAUUUUUUAUUGCCCCAGCAGGCAGACGUUUCUUUUUUUUUAUUUCCUGCUUAAGCUGAUAGCCUUAGAGGCUAUUUCAGCGUAACCGAGCUAGUAGGUGAGCUCACGGGGCUCAAACCUGAUGACGUUGCUAACACGAACCCUAACAAGAGCCGUGCUUCGCAGAAUCUACCACCGGAUCGGAAACGCGACCCACUGAGAAGAUCCGGCGAGAAACUCAGUGGGCUGUGUAUGACAGUUUUUUUUUUUUGCAUUAAAUGACCAAAUCCAGCUACACAGUCUACCUGUUAUAAACGACUAUUAGUUCUUAUCUUAUCACAAAUCCUAAUGCCAAUCUUGCGUUAAUGUUAGCGGGACAUUAAGGGCGUGGUGUUUGGAUGAAAUCGGGAAGGAGAAAAUGAUUGAAAACAAGGCACUAAUGUUACAAAUGAGUUAAGGAAAUACAGUCGUCACCGCCUAACGCAUACGACUCCCAUUAUACUCGUAUCGAACGUUGCAAAGUCCACAUCGCCGGUGUUCAAAUCCGGCAGAUAAGGAACAAUUUUUCUAUUGAAAUACUUACAUAGCACAUGUUGAGGAAUGACUUCCACGGAGAAGGAAUAACAUCAUGUAAUCAAAACGUGCAUCUCAGCGGGUAGCGGCAUUCACGUUGUCAUCAAGCUCCGGUAACCACUUACCAACAAGUGGGCCGCCAGCUCGUUCACCUGUCUUUUUUUUUAUUGCUUAGAUGGAUGGACGAGCUCACAGCCCACCUGAUGUUAAGUGGUCACUGGAGCCCAUAGACAUCCACAACGUAAAUGCGACACCCACCUUGAGAUAUAAGUUCUAAGGUCUCAGUAUAGUUACAACGGCUACCCCACCCUUCGAACCGAAACGCAUUACUGCUUCACGGCGGAAAUAAGCGGGGUGGUGGUACCUAUCCGUGCGGAUCCCAAGAGGUCCUACCACCAAUAAAAAUCUACGCAAUAAAAAGUAAAAAAAAACAGAAGUAGCAUAGGAUGCAUGUUAGCUAUAAUCCACUGAUGAACAAUCCAAUUGUUUCACAACUCUUUUGACGUAAAACCUUCGAUCAAUAAUAGUAUAUACUAGAUUAAAGAUCAGGAAAAAAAAUAAGACGCUCCAGUGGCCACGUUUGCAGACACGAAAACAUCUUCAUUUCUUAGAAAAAAGUUUAAUAAUGUUAACGACUUCAGUUUAUUAUAAACCUUAAUACUUAAACAUAAAGUUUAAUUACCAUUGCAAAAUAUAUGUAUUUAGGUCCUUUCGUCAGAAAAAGAAUAUUAUGGAAUAAAUUUAAAAUGUCACUUGAACAUAAAAAGACAUCAGUGCAAAAAUAUUUAUUCUAAAAUGAUACUUAAAACCUAAUUUAUAAGGUUAAAAAUAUUUGUUUAAAAUUUCGUGCUUAUUGUAUUGUGGAACUAGAUGUAGUUCUUGGUAUUACAUUUCAAUGCUCAGAACACAGUAAGUAUUGAAAGACAUAGAGUUGCAGAAUAUACAUAUUUGUUUUAGGUUUGUUUUGUAUGAUCGCAACUAUUUUUGACCGAUUCAAAAAAGUAGUAGAUAAUAUUUUACAUUGCCGCUAUUACAACAAAUAGGUGAUAAAAAAUAAAAUUGAAUAAAGUAAAAAAAAUAUGAAAGGAAACACGAAACAUGUUUUCCACGUAUUCUUUAUACAGAAGUAAUUAAAACAAUAAUGUAGGUUUAAUUACCUUUAAACAGAUUCAGUUUGUUAUAAAGCUGUCUUUUAGAAGUCAUUUUUAUAUGAGCGGUUUCUUUUUUACAAAUAUAAUGUAAUCUUAUAUCAAUGAAUUUUUCUAUAAUCAGUUUAAUUUAGGCUUAUUUUAUGGCUGUGUUCGUUUCCCCCAGAAAACAAAUCCUUUUCAGCAUAUACGCUUAAAAUAUUUACACAUACAUAUAAAGUUUUUUUAAUACUUUUUUGCAUUGAUUUGCCACCACCAUUGAACAAUUCUAGAAUUUUUAUAAGAGUUCUAUAUUUCUUCUCCUCUUUCUUUCGCGACAAUAUAUAUCUAUUGUGCACAGCGACAAGGGGCUACUAGGAAAGCUACAAACAAAAAUAACAUUAUAAAAUAACAUAACUACUCUAUGCAUUCCCUGUUCAAGAAUUGGUGAUGUUUGUUACAAUAGUUGGUGUCUUGUUGCAAACAUUGGCCAAACAAUUACAAUAUUCGUAAAUUGUGUUUUAUUUACAAUAUAAUUGUGUUUAUUAUUUUAUGAAAAACACUUAAUAAUAUAAAUUUACCAAAAAAAGAUAUUCCUUCCAAAACCUUGGUGUUACGGUGGUUUUUUACUCAGUUUUUGAACGCGCAUUGCAGCGUUUUGACGUCUUAGUGUUGGCUAUGAUUGGACCAUACUAAUUUGAAAUAAAUAAAUAAAUUUGUGGUCUUAUUUUUCGGGCUGUUUUUGAAGCGCUAAUCGCGAAUCUAGUAGUAUUAUUGAUCGAAGCGUAAAACAACAUAAUGUCAAACUCAAUUUAUUAUUUUCCUGUAUGGUUACAACAUCGAUCACAAUUUUGCGUUUUCCUUCUGUGUUCCGUAACUCCGAACCCAGACUUUGGUUGGCAUCAAAACAAUAUUGUCGUUUAAAAAUGCAAACGUCUUGUUAUUCAAAGGUUAUUAUAAUAUUAGCAUUUAUUCUCGUACAUUCCGUGGAGCUGCAAAAUUUUAAAGAGAAUCCGGUAAACAAAAUUAUAUUAUUAGAAUCAAAAAACGCACCUCCGUAUGCGCAGUAUAUGUAUAAAAAUCUGCAUAACGUAUUCAAUCGAUUCAAAAUAAAAUUUGAAAUUAUCUACCGAUCUAAAGCAGACGUGGAAACCACAAUAAAAAUUACUAAACUGAACAGAAACAGCACAGUGAUCAAUAUCUACGUAGAUGAUUUCUAUAAAACUAAUUACGAUGAAAUUCGAAAAAACAAUCUCCUAUACGCCGGCGAUAUCGAUCUCAACACCUCAACUUUGCUGAUAAACAACGGGGUUAUAAGGAAUAGAAAUUACGUAACUGAACCACAACCCGCCAGGAAGAUCGCGAAGCUAAUGACAGCAAACAUAGCGAGAAUGAAAGAAUUGGAGCAAUAUAUAUGUGGAUUCCCCAAUAAAAAAUUAAGUAUUGACAUUGACAAAAAACCCAACAAAGUACUGAUAUGUUUGAAUAAGUUCAAUGUUCAUGUCAAACACGUGCUACAUUUCAGUGACGAUAUAGGUUUGAAUUUAAUUUACUCGGAUAAAUGCGAGGAAGAUAUCAAAACUCACAAGGAAACUAUAUUGGCCGUGUUAACGCCGAAACAAAUAGAAUCAGAUCUCGCAAGCCCGAUAAUUAUCUAUGAAAAUUCUCAGCAGGAUUAUUAUGAUAGCAGCAACGUUUUCAAUGUCGUCAAUUUGAAAAAAUCAAUGGAGUUCUUCGAAAUAGGAUUUAAAAGUUUCUUAAAGGAAACCUAUUGGAAUAGAGUCGCAGUGAUUUCCGAUACAUGGGCAUACAGCUUAAUGUUUCAGGACAUGCUUACUACCAUGUUCAAGAAAGAAGGAAUACUUCAUACAGCACUUGAGUGUUUCGAGAAUGUUCACGGUAUUAUCGAUUUCAAACCAGCACUACGUAAACUCAGAGCGGCGGAUGCCGGAAUUGUAAUAGUGAAUAUAGACAAACGAAAUGGGAUGCAACUGGCCAAACAAGUUCAACAAGUGAUGAAGCUGAAUGGAAUCGUUUGGGUGUCUAGGGACUGGCCCUUCGAGGAAGACGUUUCCACGAGUAUGGGUUCAGUUAUUUCGUUAUCCCUAACACCAGCAAACGUUUAUAAACUUCAAGAUAAUAUCGACGGAAUACACACCAAAAGGAUAUUUACAUUGGUGAAUUUACUAGCGAGAGCUUACAAAAAUACUGCACACGUCCCCAAUAGUAUCAUGAAAAAAGAUUUUUAUAGGAAAAUUAGACUGAACUAAAAACGUCAAUACGAAAUGGUGACAUCGAUGCUUACAUAACAGAGAUGCUUGGCGACAGAUACCCCAAAACCGUUGGAAAAGUUUCAAUCGAGAAACGCGGUGCUAUCGUAUUUGAGACGCAUCUGAAUCGUGAGUUGGAGCGAAUCUCGAAUGACGCGCAGUGGUGCUUCCGGGGCAACGAUUACUACAAGCCGUGCAACAACACCGUAUUCAUUCACAUUAUGUUUGUCCUGAUAGUGUUCGCUUUGAUGAUGCUCGCGAUCCUUUUUAUUUUCUCGAAAAUCAACGAAAACAGGAACGCUUAUAAACGAAUGUGUGAAUAGCACACAAAAAUAUCCCGGUAAUGGUAUUAAAAUACGUUUGCAAGGUUCAAUUUGCUAUAUUAUACAUUUGUGAAAGUUACAAUAUAUAUUAUAAUUGUGAAAACAUUAA